GUUGCCUCAUGCAUUCGCAAGGAAUUCCGAUGAUCAUUUCAUAUGACUUAUAUAAGAAGAUAUUCGUAAAUUGAUCUUUCGAUUUGACUCAAAUAUUUCUGCAAAAUAGCCCAACUACCUAUCAUACCGUAUACCCGACAGAGUCGUCAUUAAACAUCAUGUCUUCGUCAGAGAUUGUCCAUUUGGUGGCUACCAUCACCGUCCAAGAUGGCAAAAUCCAACAGGCCAUCGAGACAUUAAAAGGCUUAGCUGCCGAGGUCCAAAAAAGCGAACCCGAUGUCUUGAGAUACUUUUGCUUCCGGACAAAGAACGAAAAGGGUCAAGACCAACUUGUGAUGAUUGAAAAAUACACCAGUGAAGAAGCACACAAGGCUCAUACUACCUCGGCACAUUUCCAGGCUUUCCAAAAGGAGGCUAAGGAUCUUCUUGCUGGUCCUCUUGAUAUCAAGAGUGGCCAUUUUGUGGCUGGAUAUGAGGGCAGAUCGAAUUUGUAAAUAUACUCGGCACAUGACUCAAUUCGGGCGUGGAGAAGAUGCAGGGACAUUCCUACAUGUCGGAUGAGAAGUGCAGUUCCAAACGUGACACAGUCUAUUAAGAA